UUUUAAUAUUCCCGAAAAAUUCGAAACGAGAGCAAAUCUGCUCUUCUGGUAAAGCUUCUUCGUGUUCGAGACUGAAGAAGAAAUCGAGAAAAUCAUUGAGGAAGGAAGAGAAUUAAGUAAUGGCGCAUAGAAUACUGAGAGAUCACGAGGCUGAUGGAUGGGAACGUUCUGAUUUCCCAAUCAUCUGCGAGUCUUGUCUCGGUGACAAUCCUUACGUGAGAAUGACAAAGGCAAAUUAUGAUAAGGAAUGCAAGAUCUGUACUCGGCCUUUCACGGUAUUCAGGUGGCGACCUGGCCGAGAUGCGAGAUACAAGAAGACUGAAGUUUGUCAGACAUGUUGCAAGCUGAAGAAUGUGUGCCAAGUUUGUCUCUUGGAUCUUGAGUAUGGUCUUCCGGUUCAAGUCAGAGACACGGCACUCAACAUUAGUACUCAUGAUUCUAUCCCAAAAAGUGAUGUGAACCGCGAGUUUUUCGCUGAAGAGCAUGAUCGAAAGACAAGAGCUGGACUAGAUUAUGAGUCUUCUUUUGGGAAGAUUCGACCUAAUGAUACCAUCCGUAUGCUUCAAAGGACAACGCCAUAUUAUAAAAGGAAUCGAGCACAUAUUUGUAGUUUCUUCAUUAGGGGAGAGUGUACAAGAGGUGAUGAGUGUCCAUACCGUCAUGAGAUGCCUGAAACAGGGGAGUUAUCCCAGCAGAACAUUAAAGACCGAUACUAUGGUGUAAAUGAUCCAGUUGCGUUGAAGUUACUUGGCAAGGCUGGUGAGAUGGGCACUUUGGAAUCUCCAGAGGAUCAAAGCAUCAAAACGCUUUAUGUUGGUGGCCUAAACUCGAGAGUCCUUGAGCAAGACAUUCGCGAUCAAUUCUACGCCUAUGGAGAAAUCGAAUCCAUUAGAAUCUUGGCUGAGAAAGCGUGUGCGUUUGUCACAUACACAACCCGAGAAGGCGCAGAGAAAGCAGCAGAAGAGCUCAGUAACAGGCUAGUUGUCAACGGUCAGAGGCUAAAACUCACAUGGGGAAGACCUCAGGUUCCCAAACCUGAUCAAGAUGGUUCUAACCAACUGGGCAGUGUGGCUCAUAGUGGUUUACUACCUCGAGCAGUUAUAUCUCAGCAACAGAAUCAACCUCCAAUGCAGCAAUACUAUAUGCACCCACCACCACCACAACCUCCUCAUCAAGACAAACCCUUUUACCCAUCAAUGGACCCUCAGAGAAUGGGUGCAGUCAUUUCGUCCCAAGACAGCGGUUCAAGCACCAUUGACAACAGAGGAGCUUCUUCUUCUUCUUACUCGAUGCCACAACAUGGCCACUAUUCGCAGCACCAGCCAUACCCACCACCACCAUAUGGAGGAUAUAUGCAGCCACCUUACCAGCAGUAUCCUCCUUACCAACAUGGCCCACCGCAAGCUGCUCAUCCUUCCCCGCAACAACCGGUUCCUGGUUCAAGGCCCAAUGCUCCUCCUCCAAGUUCAGUCGCUGCUCCACCACCUGACUCUGUGUCUGCAGUACCUUCAUGAUCCUCUCAGCAAUCUGCUGAUGCUGCUGUUACCACUGGAUCGACUCAAUAGAAAUCAUUGUCCAUUUAAAAAUGUACUUCAAAUUUCUGGCUACAUCUGCCUUCCGAAUUUUUGCUUAUGUUAUACAAUUAGCUUCCUUUUUUUUUUU